AUGCCGACUAGAGGAUUGCAAAUCUUGGCCACCGUUCUCAAUUGCCGAGGAACCGUAUGGCUCGCGGUUCUUCCCUUCUGUUUGGUGAAUUGCGCCAUUCUUUGGGCUGUCGAAUUGGUGGACAUUUCGUUUCCUGCCAGUGGUCAUGGAUUGAUGACGUUGAUCAUUUCCUUUUUGGUGGUUUCCAAAGUCAGUUGGUCGUACGAUCGGUACAUGAAGGCCCGCCAUGGGCUCGGGCAAGCCUUUUGUAGCUUACGAGAAUUGAAUCAAACAUGUUUGGGGUAUACAUUGGGUUUGGAUCAAGAUGCAAUGCGAUGGAGAGAAGAAGCAACAUCCAAAAUGAUUGCAUUGAUCGAUUGUACGGUAGACACAUUAAAGGACCAAGAAACGGCAACCUAUCUUGCCCGAAACGUCACUCUGAAUCCCAACACUCCCAAAUACGAUCCCAUGAAUCACGUCCAAGCCCUAAGGUUGCAUUUGUACAAGGGAUCUAUCUUUGCCUUUCAUGGAAAACUUCAUCUUAUUGAACGAAUACGAUUGGUUGACUUGUUGAACAAUUACGUGGCAAAUUACAAAGUCUUGUUGGCCUUGGCCAGCACACCCAUUCCCUUUCCGCUCAUUCAAAUGGCCCGGACCUUUUUGUUUUUAUAUACCUUUACCAUUCCAUUCAUGAUGCGGGGGGUAGCCGAAGAUAUCUUGUUGGCCAUUUUGUUUGUAUUCUUUUUGACCUAUGGGUUCAUUGGAUUGGAAAUUGUGGCCACGAAACUCAUGUUUCCCUUUGGGGAUGGAAGCCAUGGGUUGGGAAUCACGGGACUCCGGGAUGCUGUCAUCCGAGGGAUUACCAGCGACAUUGCUCUGGUGGGAGAAUCGACGGCAUUCUUGGGCAAUAACAAUCAUCACAAAGGUGGCAGCAGCAUUGAUUUCGAUGCCUCGCUCUAUGCCGGCAUGGGGAUGGACGAUGUCGAAACGGUCGGCACGGAUGAAGCAGGGAGCUCCAUCUACAUACCAAUGGUGUAA